GGAAAAAAAAAGGCAUGCUUAACACAGUCACGCCGUUUAAUUUUACAAUAUUCUCUCUUACUUCAUUGAUCUUUCUUUCUUUUUUUUUUUUAUUUUUAAUUAAUUGAAAUUAAUAAUGAGUAGACGAAAAAAUUACAUGGAUGAUGGGGAUGACUCUUCAGACGAAGAAUCCGGAAGAAUUAAUUUUGACAUUACAGAACAAGAUUUAGAAGAUGAAAUGAUGGGGUUCUCAGGACAAACGAGACGACGAGGGCGAUUUAAUGAUGAUAGCAGUGAUGAAGAAGACGAUGUCAGACCAACUGGUUAUAGUGGUUUGAAUCUAGGGCCAACAUUUUUGCCUGCUAAACAGACCUCUGAAAGAUCAACGCCAGAGGCAACACCGAUAAUAAAGGAAAAAAAAAAGGAUCCUGUGAAAGAGCGAGUUCGUGGUAGAUCGUCAACACCUUCACCUGAUCCAGGCUUUGCAUCAUUUAACAAAUACUCAAAGGGUGCUGCAUUAAAGAUGAUGGAAAAGAUGGGUUGGUCGAUGGGACAAGGUCUUGGUGCUGGUGGAGAAGGUAUUGUGAAUCCGAUCGAGACCAAACUUCGACCUAAAGGUAUGGGCUUGAGCUUUAAAGGGUUUGAUGAACGUACAGAGCAAGCCAAACUGGAAAGCAAAUUACGUAAAGGUGAAAUAGAAGAUGACGAUGGCGAUGAAGAAGGAAAAAGAGCCCCUAAGGGGAAAAGACGUGAUGCAUGGAGAGCAUCAUCUAGAGAUGAAGGAACAAAGAAGAAAUCACGAAAACCAAAGAUGGUUUACAAGACAGCGGCUGAUAUCUUGGCAGAGAUUGAAAAUGAUGUACUACCAUCGACUCAACAGAAGGUGAUAGAUAUGACGGGGCCUGGUAUUCGCGAAAUAUCACUAUCGGAUAUCAAACGUACAGAUUCACCUACAUUGAUGGAGGUCACUACACGAUUACCUGAAUUAAGGCACAAUUUACGUCUUAUAGUUGAUUUAGCACGUGGAGAUUUAGAAAACUUGUCAAGGGAGAAACAAAAGACGACAAUCGAUCUAAAAUCACUUGAGGCUGAAGUGAAUAAGAUGAGAGAACAGAUGGAGAAGGAAGAGAGACGACUACGAAAAUUAGAACAAUUAAAGGAGAUUACAAAAAGAUUAGAAGCGACAAGUAAAGAUGCAAUGGCUACUGGUGCCUUUGAGAAAGGGGAUAUAACAGCAUUAUUUGGUGAACAAUUUGAUAUCUUGGAAAAAAAUUUUAUGGAUGAUAUUAAAGCGAUGAAUAUUGAUUCACUCGUGGUGUCUGUUUGGGCACCGGUAUUAAAAUACAAAUCAAUGCAUUGGAAUGUGUUGGAAGAACCUACUUGGGGUCUAUAUGAUGUAAAGAAGUGGAAAAAGUUAUUACUAGUCAACGAUAACGAUACAAACACAACAAGGUUUAGAGCAUUACAAAAGAAUUUGGUUUGUACACCAUUUGAAAUGAUGAUGAAUACAAUAUGGCUAUCUAAAGUUAGAAGUGCAAUAAAUAACCAUUGGAAUAUCUAUGAUCCUGAUCCAAUUGUACAAUUAUUAGAAGAAUGGCAACCUUUACUACCCAGAUUUAUAUUUGAAAACAUGAUUAAUCAACUCAUCAUACCCAAACUUAGUCGUGCAGUCUCAGACUGGAACCCACGUACAGAUCCUGUUAUGAUUCAUACCUGGAUUCAUCCUUGGUUUCCUACACUUGGCGCAUGGAGAUUAGCUGAGCUUUGCACAACCAUUCGACAAAAGUUAUCUGUCGUACUUCGACAAUGGCAUCCCUCUGAUGAAUCAGCAUUGCAUAUCAUUACCCCUUGGAAGGAUAUCUGGACAGCUGAACAAUGUGAGCAAUUUAUGCUCAAAUCUAUUUUACCCAAACUUACACUUCUCCUUCGUGAAGAGUUCCAAGUAAAUCCACGAGAUCAAAACUUGGACGGGCUGAUUUGGUGUUUGGCCUGGAAGAAUCUUUUAUCUGAUACCGUGAUGGGCACUUUACUUAAAAAUGAAUUCUUCAACAAAUGGCAUUUUGUUCUAGUGCAAUGGUUAUCAUUAGACAUUUAUAGUAUUAAUUAUGACCAGAUUAGUGACUGGUAUAGAUGGUGGAAGCAAGUGUUUAUAGCAUAUGGACUUGAUACAAAUAAGAUGGUGAUGCAAGAGUUUAGAAAGGGUCUAGAUACAAUGAAUAAAGCGCUUAAUGGGGAAAAACUUGUAUAAUAAAAAUAAUAAUAAUAACUUUCUCUUUCUCUCUCUCUCUUACUCCCCUUCACCCUCUAUUAUUUUGAUAAAACUAUUAUAAUCUCUUAUACAUGUAAAGCUUUCAA